CUCGCCUUGAGUGCCUUAUCUGCCCGAUCGAACUCCGAUAGCCGUGGCUGUGUAGUGCUAUUGAAACGUGUUGCCCAAAUCGGGCUCGAAUCCCGCCGAAGCCGUGAUCUCGUGCUGCUGCAAGUAUUUGCGGGGUUGAUUCGCUCUGACGUGCGUCGCAAACCAUCCUGGACCGAGUCCCGUGCCAGCGGGACUCGGACAGGACCGAUGGCUACCGGUCGACUUGCAACACUCUCGACGACCUCAGCACCGACUGAGUGCUCCUCGGACGGCUUUGGUCCAGUCUCUGUUGGCGAGGCGAAAGAGUGGGCAAAAUAA